GUAAUUAUAAGGAAAAACUGGCAUUUUGGUAAAAUUAGCAAAGUUUUCAGCAAAAAGUCAGAAUUAUUCAGAUUUCAGCCAAUUUGGAACACACAAUCGAGACAAGAUGGAAUGUGGGUGGGAAGAAUGCCAGUGGUAACCCCCAGAGAGACAACAAACCCCCUCACCUGGAGAGAAACAGUGAAAUGCAUUCCUGCACCAUGUGAUGGCUGUGUCAAAGCUUCAAGCAAGAGCUGUGAGAAACAUAUCUAUAAUGGAAUCCUCCAAGAGAAACGCUGAUCAAGGUAAAGAACAUCAAACGCUGCUUCAUGGUGCUGUUCUGAAGAACAGAGCACUUGAGAAAGAAGUGAACAAAUAUGAUGAGUUCCUAAAAGCCCAUAUCUGUGACAUAACUGAAUUGUCUAAUUAUCCUCCUGAAAUUGAACCAUCUCUAAAGCGAUUCAGGGAAGUGUUACAUAACAAUGUACCAUUCAGUAGUCAUAGGUUUGGACUGCCUCUCUAUAAUGCUUACUGCAGUAUUGUUGCUCCAGUUGUUCCAACAGAAGAUGAAAGACGAAAGAUGCUCAUUCUUGGAUGCUGUAUUGAAAUACAGACCUCUAGUUUUGCUGUGGAUGAUGAUAUUAUGGAUCAUGAAGAAACUAGGAAAGGUCGGCCAUGUUGGUAUAAGAGGCCAGAAGUUGGACUAAUGGCGAUAAAUGAUGCAUCUUUCAUGCAAUCUAUUGUAUUUGAGACAUUGCGAAAAGAAUUCAGAAAAGAACCAUACUACAUGGACCUAGUAGAAAGAGUCCUACUCACAGAAAGAAAAUACUUGAUUGGACAGAAUGUGGACAUGACUCCGUCAAAAAAAGACAUCACCGCCCUUUCGAGAGGAACAAUGGUAACAAUAUACACGUAUAACACAGUACCUUGGCUGUUCUUUCCGAUAGCUUUUGCUCUGACACUGGCAGGGGUAAAGGAUGAAAUAUGGUGGCAGCGAGCUGAAGACAUAGCAACUAAACUUGGCAUAUUUUGGCACUUUUCAGAUGACUACCAAAACUGCUUUAACAGUGAAAAUCAAUAUGACGAUGGAACCAGAGGAAGUGAUAUCAUGGAGAACAAGUGUACAUGGCCGAUCAUAGAAGCACUUGAGAGAGCAACACCAGGCCAACUUGAGAUACUGAGGGAGAACUAUGGCCAACAAGAUGUGGUAAAGAUGAACAAAGUUUUGGAUGUAUAUAAUGAGAUGAACAUACCAGAGGUAUACAAAGAGGCUAAAAGGGCAUGCUACAAUGAAGUGAUGGAGGCCAUUCACAAGUGCGAAGGGAACCCUCCAAAGGGACUGUUUACGUAUCUUCUAGAUUUAGUCUUCCUUGAGUACAGUGCAGGUGAUUAGAUGCCUUUAUGUGAGAUCCACACAUCUUACACCAACAAGACA